AUGAACCUCAACCUACCUAUACGGACUGCUAGUCGAAGAAAUGAUGAAAGUCGAAAUCACUAUAUCUCUGGCAAUUAUACUCCCACCUCUUCAACUGAGGCUAUUGCUGGACCAAUACGAGAACCAGCACCCGUCAAUGAAAGAUUAAUUGUUGGACUGGAUUUCGGGACAAACAUAUUCUGGACAUUUGUGGCACCACCAAAACGAGAUCCUAUGUUUCUGGAUAAUUACGCCAUUCACCUGUGUCGGCUUGUUGCUGUUGUGUACACAUCGAACCCCGAUGAUGUAGAUAUUAUCAAAACUUGGCCCGGAAGUAAUGGAAUUACAUCUGAUAAAGUGCCAACAGAAAUUGGGUACUCCAAACCUCCAGGAUCACCAGUUGGAACUCAGCCGACGAUAAAAUGGGGAUGUCAAUUUCGUCCCGAGGAACCUCGACUGCGAUGUAUCAAACUUUUUCUCGACCGAUCUCAAAAAUUACCUUUCUAUGUUAGUCCAGCUGAAACUGCCAACCAGCUGAAAGAGCAUAGCAAAAAUGUUGUCGAUGCUGUCAGUGAUUACUUGACUCAAAUCUACAAGCAUACCAUGGAGACCUUGACCCGCCGAUACGGAGAAUUAUUCAUGUCAACCACGAAAGUCGAAUUUGUUCUUACCUGUCCAGCAGUCUGGUCUGAUGCGGCGAAGAAUACCACGCUUCAAGCUGCAGAGAGAGCGGGAAUGGGUGAUAAGUCAGCAAUUCAGAUGAUCAGUGAGCCUGAAGCCGCUGCUGUCUAUACUCUGAAAGCCAUCCAACCAAAUCAUCUACAGGCCGGUGAUAACUUUGUAGUUUGUGAUGCCGGAGGUGGUACUGUUGAUCUUAUCGCCUACAAAAUCAUAUCUCUCAAGCCAUUGCAAGUAGAAGAGUCCGCAGUAGGUACCGGAGGGCUUUGCGGAAGUGCCUUCCUCAAUUAUCGAUUUGAGGAACAUUGCAAGAGUCGGAUAGGAGUUGCACGAUUUGAAGAGAUGAAAAUGAAGAAAGCAAAGUCGUGGCAAAUGGGACUAAAAUACUGGGAAGAAUAUGUCAAGCGAGAUUUCGACGAAGAGAACGAUACAGAGUUCAAUAUUCCUCUUCCUGGCCUAGCAGAUGACAUAGAUGCAGGUCUAGAUGGUGGGUUUUUUAUUAUGACAACUGCUCAAGUCAAAGACAUUUUUGAGCCAGUCGUCAAAGAGGUGUGUGAUCUAGUUCAAGGUCAAGUUGAUGGUAUUAGACAAAAAGGGGGUAUCGUUUCAGGCAUCGUACUUGUUGGAGGAUUUGGACAAAGCAACCAUUUAUACAAGAGAUUAAGAUCGCAUUUCAACAGUGCAGCGCCACCACCUUACAGUGAACGACCAACUCACGCACAGUCUAUAGCCUUGGCACAAAGCAAUUCUGUAGAGGUAAUGCAGCCUAUCAAUGCAUGGACUGCCGUGGUCCGAGGAGCGGUUCUCAAAGGAUUGGAAGGAAGCGUGGUGGUGUCCAGAAAGGCGCGGAUGCAUUAUGGAACUUCGUAUGCAACGGUGUAUGAUGAAGAUAAGCACAAUGUUAGUGAGAGAUAUUGGAGUCCAUUAUGGGAACGUUGGAUGGGUGAUACUCUCAACACAGACACUCCCAUCUCUUUCCACUAUACGCGCAAUUUCCGCCCAGGGCAAUCACUAAUCGUAUCCGAUGAUCUUAUUGCUUGCGAUUCGGAUGGCGAACCUCCGGCGUCCUUCACGAGAGACCUAAUAAGCGUGUGCACGCUCACCACGGAUCUGGGAGCCGUACCGAAAAGUCUGUAUACGAGAUUGACGACCACGAGGGGAGUGGAAUUUCUUAAUUUAGAUUUUACUCUAGAGAUGGUGGUAGAAAGCGCCGGAUUGGCGUUUGAAUUGAAAGUUGACGGAUACAGAUAUGGAAGAGUGGAGGUCGAAUUUCAUUGAAGAGGAGUAGAUAUCAACAAUGAGUUUAUGGCCCACAAUAGAGGGUUAGUUACGUGAGAAGACAGACGAAGAAGACAUGCGGGUUGGAUGAAGGUAAAUCGGGGUCAUCUUUUGAUCGAUACCAUGAUCAUUUGCGUUGCGUGCAUACAUAUAUAUUAGCGAUAUUAAGAGCAUCCAGAUUUUUAUAGUGAUUAUCGAGCAAUUUUAUUGAAUCC